AUGGUACGAUCCGUUGGCAGUGAUCCGGUCUUUGGCACGAGACCGGAAUUGCACACCCGGACCGGCGGGCCGGGUUAUCCGGGCAAGAAAACACAAAACGGCGGUUCACUGGACAUUAGCCCGAUCGGGUUGCGCAUUCGGGCCGGAAGCGGCAAGGAGCCCACGGUGACGCCGUUCCAAAACAUCGCCGUCUGGUCGGCGGUGAAGUUUGUGGUGUCGGGUGCGGAGGGCGGUGCCGCCUUCCUGCCGCUCAUCACCGAUCCGGAGAACAUCGACAAGAGUUCGCUGUUCCGCCCGCUGAGUGCCGCCGACAAGCGGCGCCUAUCGUCCGGCCUCCACUCGCCCCUGUUCGCGAUCGUGAUGCGCUCGACGUCCGUGCCGCGCCAGCUCGAGUGCCACGGGUUCGUCUGCCAGACGCCGGAGGAUGCCAUCGUAAUCGCGGCGACGCUCUACCAAAGCCUGAUGGCGCACAUGAGCAGUGGAGACAACCAGCGAUCCAAGCGUCCGAAGAACCGGAACGGUGUCAGCUGCAUGAGCAUCGCGAGCAGUGCCGCCACGACCAACACCCAUCUGCAGAGCGGCUCGACCAAGCUGUCCUCGCGCCGAUCGAGUGCCAGCCAGCGCAGCAUGCUGCCCCCGCCACCGAGGCCGCCCCGCAUGAAGCGCAGCGCGACGAGCUCCCUGAGCGGCGAAAGCGACACCGUCGCCGGCGGGGGCCGCAACGAGGAGUCCUCGACCGAGGAGCGACGGAAGAAGAACGUCAAGAACAAACGACCCCCACCGAUUCCACCGAAUCCACCGAGGGCAAUAUCCAACAGGCCGCUGAUGCUGGACGAGAUCUACACCGAUCGGAGCCACUCGAACGACGAGCACGGGGUCGCCGCCAAGGAGGGCCCGUACCCGGCGCUGACGGACAACUCGACCGGCGACAUCCUGACGCGGGUGGCGAUCCCGCGGUCGGGCAGCUUCCUCAACACCGCCGGCCUGACACGGUACAAAUCGCGCGCGACCCGGCGCCACACCGGCAAGGUGGGCGGCGGGGGCGGCUCGCCGCUCGGGUUCAGUGAGCUGUUCAACGAGUUCCGGUUGCAGGAGAACCUGCACUCGCUCGACGAGAUACUGAAUGCCAUAAUCAACUCGGACGGGAUGUCCUUCAACGAUCUGAAGCCGAUCUACAAGGAGUUUCUGCUCAAGCUGGCCGUCACGCUGACGAAGGACGAGCUGUACCAGCGCUCCAAGAGCAUCAUGCGGCGCCAGAAGAAGAAAAAGUUAAAGCGAAGAAACAGUAACGUGCAGAACCAACGGCGGAAGCUGCUGAUCGGGGCCAAGGGGCUCCGCAAGGUGUUUCGCUUCGGUAAGUUUCGCAGCAAAAAGGGAACUCCGGCCGCCGGUGGAGCUCACGGCGGGACCAGCGGUGGCGCCCCGACCGGUGGACGAACUGGAGGGAACGGAGCUGGAGCUGGCAGUAACGGUGCUGGAGGGGGGGCCGCUGGGGCAACGGCUCAGGGUGGCCGGGCACAUCAGCUGGCGGACCAGCUAUCGCUGGAUCUGAAGGCGACCGGCAAGAAGGACCGAUCCCGAAUCGGAACUAGUGGUUCGGAGGUGUCCGAGGCUCGCCAUGAGCAUACACUGACGGCGCACAACCGGAACAGCUCGAGCGGGUAUGUGUCCUGCUCGGAGUGUAGCUACGAUUCGGACGCGUGUACCUGUACGUCGGCGGACCGCUGCUACUGCAGUCUCGGCGGGGACGACAUCAACGCGAAGCUCCACCAGGCCAGCAACCGCAGCUCGGCCCCGAGCUGCCGCAGCGAGGACAAGUGCUACUGCUCGAUGGGCGAGACGCCGAACGAGGACGGCUCGACGACCUGGUGCGACACGGAUAGCUGCGUCAGCAACGAGAAGUGCUACUGCUCCACGCGCCACGGCCAGCCACCCAAGUGUGCCCAGGCGAACGGCCAGGACUCGGCGGCCACGACCACGAAGCCAACGAAGCCGGCGAAGGUGGACAAACUGGCCCUGGACUACGAGCUGUUCACGGUCGGCGGCAGUGGCCGGCCGGUGAAGGCAUCGGAGGCGCUCAGCGUGAAGAAGACGGUCGAGGUGGCGGCCGAGUUUGCGGACGUGAAGCUCAGCCAGACGACGGACAUCACGAACCUGAAGGCGGACCACCACCACCAGCAGCAGUCCGGAUCGGGCGGGUCGUCGCUGACCUCGACGACCAGGAAGUCGACCGACCACCGGAGCAACAGCACCGGGGCCGACCAGGAGAACGAGCAGCACCGCUCGAACGCGGGCUCGGCCGUGCACUACCACCGGCACCACUACAGCACGAGCACGAAGAAGAAGACGCUCCUGCCACUGCAGAGCCCGGUCAGCCCGGACUAUCAGUACAUCCACUCGACGCAAUCGGAUCUGAUCGUGCGCAGCGGCAAAAGGCACGAGCUGAAGAGCUGCAAGCGGCUGACCAAGUCGGAGAGCUACUAUCAGGCCGGCCGCCCCGUUAGCUCCUCGAUGGGCCUGGAGGACUCGCUGGGCUAUCUACCCUAA